AUGUUGCGGCGCGAGGCCCCAGGGCCCAGUUGGAGGCUUCUGCUAGCGUUCCUGCUGGUGCUGGGCGAGCUGCCACAGGCGCAGGGCAUCGAGGAGAACCCUGAAAGCGAGCUCAAAGAAACCCAUGGCUUCCAAGUGGUCACCUUCAAAUGGCACCACGUUCAGGACCCAUACAUCAUCGCGCUCUGGAUCCUCGUGGCCAGCGUGGCCAAGAUCGGCUUCCAUUUGUCCCACAAGGUCACCAGCGUGGUCCCUGAGAGUGCACUGCUCAUUGUGGUGGGCCUGGUGCUAGGCGGCAUUGUCUGGGCAGCCAACCGCAUGGCCUCCUUCAAACUCACGCCCAACGUCUUCUUCUUCUACCUGCUGCCGCCCAUCGUGCUGGAUGCUGGCUACUUCAUGCCCAACCGGCUCUUCUUCGGCAACCUGGGCACCAUCCUGCUGUACGCUGUCAUCGGCACCGUGUGGAAUGCGGCCACCACGGGCCUUUCCCUCUAUGGCGUCUUCCUCAGUGGCCUGAUGGGAGACCUGAACAUCGGGCUGUUGGAUUUCCUCCUGUUUGGCAGCUUGAUCGCUGCUGUGGACCCAGUGGCUGUCCUGGCGGUGUUUGAGGAGGUUCACGUCAACGAGGUCCUGUUCAUCAUUGUCUUUGGGGAGUCACUGCUGAAUGACGCUGUCACUGUGGUCCUGUACACCGUGUUUGAAUCUUUCGUGACCCUGGGUGGUGACAAGGUGACUGGUGUGGAUUGCGUGAAAGGCAUAGUGUCCUUCUUCGUGGUGAGCCUGGGGGGCACGCUGGUGGGGGUCGUGUUCGCCUUCCUGCUCUCACUGGUGACCCGCUUCACCAAGCACGUGCGUAUCAUCGAGCCCGGCUUCGUGUUCGUCAUCUCCUACCUGUCCUACCUCACCUCCGAGAUGCUGUCCCUGUCGGCCAUCCUGGCCAUCACCUUUUGUGGCAUCUGCUGUCAGAAGUAUGUGAAGGCCAACAUCUCGGAGCAGUCGGCCACCACUGUGCGCUACACCAUGAAGAUGCUGGCGAGCGGGGCCGAGACCAUCAUCUUCAUGUUUCUGGGCAUCUCGGCAGUGGACCCCCAGAUCUGGAAGUGGAACACGGCCUUCGUGCUCCUGACGUUGGUCUUCAUCUCUGUGUACCGAGCCAUUGGUGUCGUGCUGCAGACCUGGAUUCUGAACCGGUACCGAAUGGUGCAGCUGGAGAUCAUAGACCAGGUGGUCAUGUCCUACGGCGGCCUGAGGGGCGCCGUGGCUUUUGCCCUGGUCGUCCUUCUAGAUGACAAGAAGGUCAAGGAGAAGAACCUCUUUGUCAGCACCACCAUCGUUGUCAUCUACUUCACCGUCAUCUUCCAGGGCCUGACCAUCAAGCCCCUGGUGCAGUGGCUGAAGGUGAAGAGGAGUGAGCAUCGUGAGCCCAAACUCAAUGAGAAGCUGCAUGGCCGGGCGUUUGACCACAUCCUCUCAGCCAUCGAGGACAUAUCAGGACAAAUCGGACACAAUUAUCUCAGAGACAAGUGGUCCAAUUUUGAUAGAAAAUUCCUCAGCAAAAUCCUUAUGAGAAGGUCAGCCCAAAAGUCACGAGAUCGAAUUCUUAAUGUUUUCCAUGAGCUCAACUUGAAGGACGCCAUCAGCUACGUGGCCGAGGGAGAGCGCCGUGGGUCCCUGGCCUUCAUUCGCUCCCCCAGCACAGACAACAUGGUCAACGUGGACUUCAACACACCACGCCCCUCCACUGUGGAGGCCUCCGUCUCCUACCUGCUGAGGGAAAAUGUCAGUGCGGUGUGCUUGGACAUGCAGUCCUUGGAGCAGAGGCGGAGGAGCAUCCGCGACACGGAGGACAUGGUCACUCACCACACGCUGCAGCAGUACCUGUACAAGCCCCGGCAGGAGUACAAACAUCUCUACAGUCGGCACGAGCUGAGCCUGGAGGAAGAUGAGAAGCAGGAUAAGGAGAUCUUCCACAGGACCAUGAGGAAGCGCCUGGAGUCUUUCAAGUCCACCAAGCUGGGCAUCCACCAGAACAAGAAGGCGGCCAAACUGUACAAGCGAGAGCGCGCCCAGAAGCGGAGAAACAGCAGUAUUCCUAAUGGGAAACUGCCAAUGGAGAGCCCCAUGCACAAUUUCACCAUUAAGGAAAAAGAUUUGGAACUUUCAGACCAGGAAGAGACUCCCAACUACGAUGCUGAGGAGAUGAGUGGGGGGAUCGAGUUCCUGGCGAAUGUCACAAGGGAUAUAGCAACAGACUCCCCCUCAGGAAUUGACAACCCUGUGUUCUCCCCGGAUGAGGACCUGAGCAUCCUGUCCAGGGUGCCACCCUGGCUGUCUCCUGGGGAGACAGUAGUGCCCUCCCAGAGGGCCCGUAUGCAGAUCCCCCACUCUCCUGACAACUUCCACCGCCUGGCUCCCUUCCGCCUCAGCAACAAGUCCGUGGACUCCGUCCUGCUGGCUGAGGGCCCCAAGGAGCAGCCCCACACCACUAUGCCUGAGUCCACGCACAUGUAA